UUUCAAAAGGCGCUGCGCUCCCUCCGGCGUUACCCGCUUCCCCUGCGCAGCGGCAAAGAAGCUAAGAUCCUACGGCAUUUCGGAGACGGGCUCUGCCGGAUGCUGGACCAGCGGCUGCAGCAGCACCGAUCUUCGGGCGGUGAUCGUGCCCCAGAUGCAUCUGGAGCUAAGAGACCAGCCCCGGAAUGGCCACCUGCCGAAGUCCCGGAGGCUUCCAUGCCAGUUCCAUCCCAGCCCAAAGCGGGAAGCUCUAGCAGCUACUGGCCGGCUCGGCACUCAGGGGCACGAGCAGUACUGGUGCUGCUCCAUAGAGAACACCUGAAUCCUAGUGGCCACAGCUGCCUAACCAAGGAGGAGCUGCUGCAGAGGUGUGCCCAGGAGUUUCCUAGGGUGGCCCCUGGGAGUACUGGACCCUGGCCAGCUCUCCGCUCCCUUCUCCAUAGGAACCUGGUCUACAGAACACACCAACCAGCCAGGUACUCACUGACCCCGCAGGGUCUGGAGCUGGCCCAGAAGUUGGCAGAGUCAGAGGGCCUGAGCUCACUGAAUGUGCGCAGUGGGCCAGAGGAGCCCUCUGGGGAGGAGCCAGAAGUGCCAGGAUCGGCCUCAGCUGAGCUCGGCGCCAGUGAAGGCAGUGUCCAGCAGCCACCGCUGGAGCUGAGGCCUGGAGAGUACAGGGUGCUAUUGUGUGUGGACGUUGGCGAGGCCAAGGGGGCCGGGCACAGGCCCGAGCUGCUCCGCCAGCUGCAGCGGCUGCACGUGACCCACAUGGUGCGCAAACUGCAUGUUGGGGACUUCGUGUGGGUGGCACAGGAGACCAGGCCCAGGGACCCAUCAAGACCCGGGGAACUAGUCCUGGACCACAUCGUGGAGCGCAAGCGGCUGGAUGACCUGUGUAGCAGCAUCAUCGAUGGCCGCUUCCGGGAACAGAAGUUCAGGCUAAAGCGCUGCGGCCUGGGGCGCCGAGUAUACCUCGUGGAGGAGCAUGGCUCAGUGCACAACCUCAGCCUUCCCGAGAGCACGCUGCUGCAGGCCGUCACCAACACUCAGGUCAUCGAUGGCUUCUUCGUGAAGCGCACAGCAGACAUUAAGGAGUCAGCUGCCUACCUGGCCCUCUUGACACGGGGCCUGGAGAGACUCUACCAGGUGAGCAGGUGCAUGUGUCUGCACUGGUCCCUUUCCUGGGCCCUGUGCUCCCUCCACGACAGCAGUGAGAUCCCUGUUUCUCCAGUGGGCCCACUGGGGCCUAGGAUCCGACAAGGACUGGCUGGGGAGUUUUCCCUAGAGCUCUGGCCUGGCCUCAGUGCCCUCUCCCCUCAGGGCUACACCCUACGCAGUCGCCCCUGGGGAACCUCAGGGGACCCCGAAUCAGGAUCUGGGCCCUCCCCAAAUCCUCUCUGCUCACUCCUCACCUUCAAUGACUUCAACGCAGGAGCCAUCAAAAACAAGGCCCAGUCUGUGAGGGAGGUUUUCGCCCGGCAGCUGAUGCAGGUUCGAGGAGUGAGUGGGGAGAAGGCAGCAGCCCUGGUGGAUCGGUACAGCACCCCUGCCAGCCUACUGGCCGCCUAUGACGCCUGUGCCACCCCCAAGGAACAGGAGAUGCUGUUGAGCACCGUCAAGUGUGGGCAGCUGCAAAGGAAUCUGGGACCCGCUCUGAGCAGGACCUUGUCCCAGCUCUACUGCAGCUACGGCCCCUUGACCUGAGCUGACCUGAGCUGGGCCAGGAGACGGACCCCAGCACCCACAAUCUAGGCUAGCCAGCCUUUAACCAGCAUCUUAGGGCUUCAAUAAAAAUCUAAGUGUUUGCAGCUUUAUGUGCUACGGAGAUGGCAGGCCCCAGGGCCUUGUGAAAUAUCCAGGUGGUUUUAACUGAGCUCCUCAGGGGCUGGGGUUUCCUGGGGGAGCACUGAGACUGGCAGGGAGAUGGAGUCGGUGAGCUGCUGCAACUUUGAAUCUAGUGUAUGUCAUCAGACGAUCCCUGAUCAAAUAAAAUUCCCUUCG